GGUUAGUUUUAAAUAUUUUCAUAAUGUCUCACUUAAAAUAUAUGAAAGAAAUAAAUAAUCUAACUCGCAUGGAUGAAACUAUUAAGGGGCCACUUCCGCGUUGGCAGAAAAAAUGUUUAGAAACAUCAAAUUCCAGUGUCAACCUUAGUAUUAAUUCAUCACGAAAAAUUACGAACGGAUCAUUUGUAAAUAGUACUACAGGAAAAACACCAACGAAAAAGAGUGACACUCGAAUGAAGAAAACACCAUCUAAAACUUCUAAGAAAUCUCCAAGUCGUGCUUCUACACCAGCUAAGACACCUAGUGGUGGUGAUAGAUUUAUUCCUUCAAGAGCAACUACUAAUUUUGAUCUAGGUUAUUAUAAGAUUCAACAACAACCAAAUACAGAAAAAAAUGAAGAGAAAGUAGACAACAUAAGUCCUUCCAAAAGGGAAAUGCAGCGACUUAUGGGAGAAAAUUUACAUGGUGGUGAUAUUAAUCAGAUGAGAGUUUUGUCUUAUCAAAAUAAAGCACCAGCUCCUCCAGAGGGUUAUCAAAAUCCAUUGCGUGUUGUGUAUAGCCAAAGUAAAACGCCAGCAAGCAUAAAAGCUUCUACAAGAUAUAUACCACAAACUCCUGAUAGAAUAUUGGAUGCUCCAGAAAUUGUUGAUGAUUAUUAUUUAAAUUUAAUUGAUUGGUCGGAAAAUAAUAUUCUAGCUGUAGCAUUAGGUGCUAGUGUAUAUUUGUGGAAUGCAGCAACAGGAACUAUUGAACAGUUACUUGAAUUAAGCGGCAAUGAUUAUGUUUGUUCUGUUGCAUGGAUUCAAGAAGGUCCCUAUUUAGCUGUAGGUACUACAGUGGGAAAUACAGAAUUAUGGGAUUGUAGUCAAAUAAAAAGAGUACGUGUAAUGAAUGGUCAUGCGGCCAGAGUAGGUUCUCUUUCUUGGAAUUCACAUGUUUUGACGAGUGGUUGCAGAGCAGGACAAAUAGUGCACCAUGAUGUUAGGCAAAGGGAUCACUUAAUAUCAACAAUUAAUGCACAUGCCCAAGAAGUAUGUGGUUUAAAGUGGUCACCUGAUGGAAAGUAUUUAGCAAGUGGUGGUAAUGAUAAUAUGCUUCAAAUAUGGCCAUCAAUCUCUGUACAAAGUCAUACAAACACACAACCAAUUUAUUCAUUAAAUCAACAUCAAGCUGCUGUAAAAGCACUUGCAUGGUGUCCUUGGCAGAAUAAUAUUCUUGCUAGUGGAGGUGGUACUGCUGAUAGAACUAUUCGAUUUUGGAAUUGUAAUACAGGUGAAGAAAGCAUCAAUUGUGUAUAUUCAUUGUACACAGUAAAACCAUCAGUAAUAAAAAUUCUAAUGAAAUCAAAAAUCUUUUUACAAAUAUUUAUUCUACAGGUGCAUGUUUAAAUAUGGUAGAUACGAAGUCACAAGUAUGUUCUUUGCUUUGGUCUACAACGUAUAAGGAGAUUGUAUCUGGUCAUGGAUAUGCACAGAAUCAGUUAACAAUCUGGAAAUACCCCGCAAUGACGAAGGUCGCAGAAC